GCAAAACCCAUAUACGAAUUGUUAGAUGGAAAGCAUCAGAAAGUGAGACCACCACCAACUAAUGGUCAACUCCCAUCGAAACAUCCAAUAAAAUGGACUACGGAACAUGGAACUGCAAUGAACAAGCUAAUCGAGUGUGUUACAUCACCACCCAUCUUAGCAUAUCCUGACUACAACACCCCAUUCGUAGUUCAUACCGACGCUUCACAGCACGGACUCGGAGCGGUUUUAUAUCAAAAACAAGAGGGAACUUUAAGGGUAAUUGCAUACGCCUCACGUACCUUGACUCCAGCCGAGCGUAACUACCACCUCCAUGCAGGGAAAUUGGAAUUCCUUGCACUGAAAUGGUCAAUUACGGAACAAUUUCGUGAUUACCUUUACUAUUCCCCUCGAUUUAUCGUUUACACGGACAACAACCCUCUCACAUACGUCCUGUCGACGGCAAAGCUAAAUGCAACCGGACUGCGAUGGAUUGGAGAGCUGUCAGACUUUGACUUUGAAAUCAAGUACAGACCUGGAAAAAUUAACAUUGAUGCCGACAGCCUAUCCCGAAUUCCAGGAGAUUUUACGAAAUAUAUGGACUCCUGUACGCGGACUGUCUCUCACCAAGAAUUUAGUGCUGCUGGUUCCCAGAUUCGUUCGAUUGAUAACGGUAACACUGUAUGGAUAACAUCAAUUACAGAUCAACCAGAUGUUUUGGAAACCGAUAAACGUCACUUGUCAAAUCGAGAGAAUACGAGUCAAAUUAAGAUGGUGGACAUUGCAAAAGCUCAAAGGGAUGAUCGGACCAUAAGCAGAUUAUUAUGGUAUGUGAACAGUAAGACAAAACCGACCUUCGAUGACCGACAACAGGAGACCCGGGAAGUGAAAAGACACCUUCGAGAGUUGAGUAAAUUACACGUGGAGAAGAAAACCGGCAUCUUGUAUCGUGGCCAACAGAUUGUAUUGCCGCUUCAGUAUAGACGGUUGGUGUACCAUGAACUCCAUGAGGAAAUGGGACACCUUGGAACGGAACGCGUGUUUGCUCUAGCUAGAGAACGAUUUUUCUGGCCUGGUAUGAGGACGGACAUUGACCAUUACAUCAACCAUGUUUGUCGUUGCCUGAAACAAAAGAAACCAAGUGUCAACACCAGAGAACCACAACAGUCAAUCACCUCGACAGCUCCAUUCGAAUUGGUAUCCAUAGAUUUCGUACAUCUGGAACGCAGUUCGGGAGGGUAUGAGUACAUACUUGUUAUAGUCGAUCACUUCACGAGAUACACCCAGGCCUACCCAACUCGAAACAAGUCAGCCCACACCGCUGCUGAAAAGAUCUACAACGAGUUUAUCCCACGUUUUGGAUACCCUUCUCGAAUCCAUCAUGAUCAGGGUGGAGAGUUUGAGAAUAAGCUUUUCUGGAAACUAGAACAACUCUCUGGCAUUUCCCACUCACGAACGACUCCCUACCACCCCCAGGGGAAUGGACAGGUUGAGCGAAUGAACCGGACCCUUUUGAAUAUGUUGCGAACCCUGCCUGAACAAUACAAAACGAACUGGAAGGACCAUGUUAAUAAACUAAUCCACGCUUACAACUGUACGAGACACGAGGCUACCGGGUAUUCUCCAUUCUUGCUACUCUUUGGUAGGACGCCACGUCUCCCCAUUGAUCUCAUGUUCAACUUGCCAGAGAAACAAGAAGUAACGGGAUAUCCAGCCUACGUAAGAAAAUGGAAGACAGCGAUGGAGGAAGCGUACAAGCUAGCUUCAAAAUCAGCUCAGCAAGCCGCGGAGAAGGGGAAGAAACAAAGCAACAAACGUAUUCGAUCAACAGUCCUUUCUCCAGGUGAUCGCAUACUGGUGAGAAACCUUACUCCACGCGGAGGUCCAGGAAAACUUCGAGGAUUCUGGGAAGACGAAAUCCAUGUAGUAGUGUCCCGAAAAGGCCCUGAAAGCCCUGUUUAUGACAUAAAGUCAGAAUCUGGACGUGGAAAAAUAAGAACACUACACCGCAACCUAUUAUUACCCUGUGAUUACCUCCCACCAGACCACGGCGUACAAAUUAACGAAUCGGUCAAAACGAAGAAGAGUGAAACAAGUGAAGGAAGAGAAAAGCUAAAACCGAGAAAACAGUUUUCUGCAAAUGACGAACAAGUUGACACAGAUUCAGAUUCGGAGGGAGAGGAGAGACCAUCUGCACUGCCAAAUGAUAUGAAAGAACUGAACGCACAACAGUCACAGCACACUGAGCACAGUGAAACGUUCGAAGACACCGAGAGAAAUGCAGUGACACCAAGUGAGACAAGCGAACAAGACGGAAACCCCACAGUGGAAGAACAAAAUCUCACAGCAGAGAAUACUGCAGGUGACAUUACAACGGAGAACCCAAUCACCCAAACCCCAUCGACGACGAAUGAACAUGAAAAUGUGAUCCAAGCGGGAAAUAACGGCGAAGAAACUGCUAGAUUUUAUCCGCGACCACAACGAGUUCGACAGCCGCCAUCACGUUUUGGAUAUAACACACCCGGAAAUCCAGCGACUGGUGUGUUCAAUGUAUGUCAAAACCCCACCGUUGGAAUGAUGCAGACCUGCGGCUUCAUACCACCACAACCGCACCUAUUUUACGGUUACCCACCAACUCAACCACCAUUUGAUUACCCACCGACCCCACCACCGUUUGGUUACCUACCAACUCCACCACCAUUUGGUUAUCCACCAACUCCACCAUUGUUUGGUUACCCUCAAAUGUACCACAACCAGCCAAUGUUUGCGUUUUAGAUAUUUGGAACAUUUUAAAUCAUAUUAUUAGAAAAACAUUGUACUUUUGUCGUUAAGAAUCCAUAGUUAUGGAGGAACGUGUAUCGUACCUGAGGUUACGGAAAAACGGAUCUAUAUGUAGAAUGAGUAUGCGCGCAUGAGUAUUAGAUAGGUUUGAUAGAGUUAAUGGGUUGUGUCUGAUCAACCAGCCCAGGUGUCUUAGAGAAAUACCUGUAAAUGAUAAGAUAAGAAGAAAGAUCCGUAUAUGUCAUGGAUGGCAUUCAAUGAGGAGGGGAGAGUGAUACCGUAAUGAACGAUAAUAUAUGCGAACAGUUUAGAGACUGGUACGAGCGACCAGCGGCGCGCCUCGCGUGCUCAGAAUACGUUCGAGAAACGUUGCGUUUUGAACUAGUGUUAUUCUAGAUUAUAUCUUAGUAUUAUAAACAUAUUUGAAGCGAUUCUAUACAUAAUAAAACGAUAAAAGUCAUAAAACAUCGUGUGUAGUAUCGAGUAACA